GUACAAUAAGAUUUGCAGGCGCAAAUCCGCCUAAACGGGAUUAUUUAUGAAGAGAGUUCGAUGAACAACAUUAAUUGUUACUGACUCUAGCUAGCCAAAUGUUACUCAGUUCUCUUCGAAGUCUGAUUUGCGACCAAGAUUGGGAUAGGGUACUCGUGGAAAACUGGAGAAAUACCAGCGCACUGUCAAUACCCCAUGUAACAGAAUGUUCCCAACAUGUCGACCUUUCCUGGUUGCCAGCGAUCUUCCUUAUCCUAUUUUGUCCACUUACUCUGUAUGAUCUCUACCGUAGUGAAAACCCCCGAGCCAGGCGUCACUCGCCAGUUACAUAUAGAAUUUUAAUUUGCGUCAUUCUUGUCAUCGAUCUCUCUUGCUCGUUUUUUCACAAUGCCUACAAUUACUUCAUUCUGGAAAAGAGUUCUACACUACACUAUCUGGCCGGAGACUGUGCACAGUACAUAGGCCUCUGUUUGGCUCUGACUCUACUGAUUGCAUGCAGAAACCGUGGCAUUGUCACUUCUGGGGUGUUGUUCAACUACUGGUUACUAAUGGUUCUAUGCGGGUUUCCUGAGCUUCGAUAUCUUUUAGAACACCAUUUCACUAAUCGGGAAGAAGACAGCUUUCACUUUUUUCUCUACAUGAUCUAUUAUCCCCUGAUAUGCCUAGAGCUGAUACUUUCAUGUUUCGCCGACACGCCUUCUGGAGCUUUCAUUGGAAAGCAAGUAUGCCCUGAGUUGUCAACCUCAUUUUUGAAUCAAAUAACAUUCAACUGGUUCACUGGUCUAGCUGUGAAAGGCUACAAAAAACCGCUGGAAAGGGACGAUCUAUGGGGUUUGAACGAGCGAGAUGCCUCCGUCACACUCAUUCCUCAAUUUAACAAAUACUUUAAGCCGGAGCUCAAAAGAUGCCAAGACAGGCGCAAACAAAAGCACGGUUCGUGCUCGUCAAAAUGUCAACCAUCCGUUCUCCUGCCUCUGUUCAAAACCUACAAAUUACUUCUUAUUUAUGGGGCGCUAUUGAGACUACUUGCUGAUCUUCUAACAUUUGUUGCCCCUAUCUUGCUCAAGCAACUAAUUGGCUUUAUACAGGACCUUCAUCAACCCUUAUGGGUGGGAGUCGCUACAGCCAGUGUCAUGUUUUUUGUGGCUGAGCUACAGUCUGUGAUACUCAGUCAGUAUAUUCAUCUUAUGUUUCGGUUGGGUAUGAACAUACGUUCGGUACUGAGUAGUGCUGUGUACUUCAAGGCCAUGAAUCUCUCGAAUAACGCCCGAAAACAUCGCACAACAGGGGAGAUUGUAAAUCUCAUGUCCGUGGACAUCCAAAAGUUGCAGGAUAUAACCACAAACGUGAUGAUGUUCUGGUCAGCACCUCUUCAGGUUGUUCUAUCUGCCAUCUUUUUAUGGAAAAUCCUCGGAGUUGCUGUUAUCUCGGGAUUGGUGUUACUGAUCGUUAUUGUGCCAUUCAAUUCUUACAUUACUGGGAAGAUGAAGAACUGCCAGGCUCGACAGAUGAGUCAUAAAGACGAGCGGAUGAAAAUGAUGUCAGAACUUCUCAACGGUAUCAAACUCCUGAAAUUGUACGCUUGGGAAAGGUGCAUGCAAAACACGGUGCUGAUUAUACGACAGAAGGAACUCAACGUCCUCAAAAAACUAGCAUUUUUCAAUGCUGGCUACAACUUACUGUGGUCCUGCCUUCCAUUCCUGGUGGCUGUGCUCUCCUUCGCUGUCUUCGUAGUCAUUGACCCGAACAAGAAUGUCUUGACCCCACAAGUAACAUUUGUGGCCCUUACUCUUUUCAACAUCCUUCGCUUACCCUUAUCUGUUUUUCCAAUCAUAUAUAGUCAGGCCGUACAAUGUCGUGUCAGCAACAGACGCUUGAAAUCAUUCUUUGCUGAAGAAGAGAUAAGUAGUGGUGCUGUAAGCAAUAAAAGUAGCGAGGAAGCUCUGAGGAUUGAAAACGGCACAUUUGCUUGGGAGAAAGAACAAGGAAAUGAAACGUUGAAAAAUAUCAAUCUUUCUGUUAGAAGAGGGCAACUCAUAGCUGUUGUUGGCAAAGUCGGUACUGGUAAAAGCAGUUUGCUGCAAGCAAUACUAGGAGAAAUGAACAAAGUGUCUGGAUUCGUCAAUGUAAGCGGCGCAAUAGCUUACGUACCCCAGAAAGCGUGGAUACAAAACUUAACGUUGAGAGACAACAUACUCUUCGGACAUACAUAUGACUGUUUGUUCUAUGACAAGGUGGUAGACGCCUGUGCUUUGAGGCAAGACCUGUCUAGUCUACCUGCAGAAGACUUCACUGAAGUUGGCGAGAGGGGCAUAAAUCUUUCUGGAGGCCAGAAACAACGUGUUUCUCUAGCUCGAGCUAUCUACUCACGUCCUGACAUCGUCCUUCUCGAUGACCCGCUUAGUGCUGUUGAUUCUCAUGUUGGAAAGCAUAUCUUCAAGCACGUCAUUUCAUCUAAAAGUGGAUUACUAUCAAAUGCAACACGAAUUCUAGUAACUCAUGAACUUCAUUACCUCAAAUAUUGUGACAAAGUGAUUGUUUUAAGAAACGGGGAGAUCAGUGAGAUGGGCCCCUACCAAGAGCUGAUUGCUAAACAGGGAGCGUUUAGCGAUUUUCUUGAACAGUUCCUGGUGGAAAAGACGGAAAAGAGGGGUCGAGGCGAAAGGUCCGUAAAAGCAGAGGAUGUAUCAGAAUUAAUGGAAGAAAUGAUGAAACUCAGCCCAGAACGUAGAAGCAGAAUAGAAUCGCAGUCGAGUCAAGAGGCUGGCCACGAGAAGGGGUCCGUUUCGAAAUUAUCUCCGCCUUCUCCCACAACGAACGGUAGUGCUGUCGGCGCCGACUACAUAGAAGAAGAACGAAACAUUCUUGAUGCCAAGACUGGAGAGAAGAUCGCACUUUUGAUCAAGGAGAAAAAACAGGUUCAGAUGAGUAAAUUGAUUGAAAAAGAGGGAAUGGAGAUUGGAAAGGUGAAAUGGGCCGUAUAUAUUACUUACAUGCGUGCUAUCGGCUUCGCAGUUGUCUUGAUCUUCAUUGCAACACAUAUUCUAGGCGGCAUUCUUGGGGUCGCCAGUAACUUGUGGCUUGCGAAAUGGACUGAUGAUGAGUUGAUCCAAAAGACGAGCAACGGCACUAGUAACAUGAAAAAAAGUUUAGCAAUAUAUGCAUCUUUAGGCGUUGGCCAAGCACUUCUCAUGUGUGCAGCUCCGACUAUCAUGGCUUUGGGAAUGGUCGGAGCAUCUCGUUUGUUACACGAAGGUAUCCUGAGGAACGUUCUCCAUUUACCCAUGCAGUUCUUUGAUACAACUCCCAUCGGUCGAAUACUCAAUCGCUUCGGUAAGGACGUGGAUACGUUGGAUACGAGGUUGCCGCUUGCGGUCACGUUGUUUGUCGGGACCGUUACACAGACGAUAACGAUUGUCACACUACCCAUAUACACAACGCCUGCCGUCGUCAUUCUAAUCAUUCCAGCUCUCGUCUUCUAUCUCUUCAUUUUGAUAACGCGCACUUUGAACUUGGCUGUCAGAAUAGCAAGCGAUUUGGAAACUAACAUAGUAGCUGUCGAACGCAUCAAGGAAUACACAGAUAGUCCUGUUGAAGGAGCACAAUCCAAGCAGAAACCAGUGGAUAGCUGGCCAAAAUACGGAAAAAUCGUGCUCAAAGAUGUAUGCAUGAGAUACCGAGCUGGGCUCGACCUGGUGCUGAAGCAUGUGUCUGCGAGCAUAGAGCCGAGAGAAAAGAUUGGAAUUGUUGGGAGAACUGGGGCAGGUAAAAGCUCGCUCGCAAUGGCGCUGUUUCGGACUGUCGAAAUUGAUAGUGGAUCCAUCGAGAUAGAUGGCUACAGCAUUUCCACCCUUGGCCUAGAGGAUUUGAGAUCUCGUCUCACCAUCGUUCCUCAGGAUCCAGUCCUCUUCUCAGGCACACUUCGAUUCAACCUAGACCCAUUUGAUGCUUAUAAUGAUGAGGAGAUAUGGCAUGCUCUAAGAAAUGCUCACCUUGAGACUUUUGUAGCCUCGCUCGCUGGCAAUCUGCUGUAUCACAUCUCUGAAGGAGGCCAGAACCUUAGUGCUGGACAGCGGCAGUUGCUAUGUUUGGCACGAGCUCUACUUCGUCGUUCGAAAAUUCUCGUUUUGGACGAGGCAGCAGCCGCUGUUGACGCUGAAACCGACUCCUUGCUUCAGCAAACCAUUCGCGAACAGUUCGCUGACUCUACGGUGUUGACCAUUGCUCAUCGUUUGAACACGGUUAUGGACUAUGAUCGGCUACUAGUAAUGGACGCGGGUAGAGCAGUAGAAUUUGAUUCACCCAGCAAGCUUUUAGCGAAGCGGGACGGCUUAUUUCGUUCAAUGGCAGAAGAUGCUGGUAUUGUCAGGCAAAACAAACAUCGGUAGUCAGUUUUUAAAGGAUCAUUGUAUGUCCAUUCAAAAAGAUUAGUCCAGAAAAGGUGAUAGCGGUUUCAUGCUCGUUUAGUGUAAACAAUCCCACUUUCUUCACUUGUGUCUCAAAAAACUAAGUAAUAUCGAUUGGUCUACUUGUUGUAAUAUUCUUUGAUUGGCUUUCCAAGCAUAGAUUCAAGC